AGAGGGCAGGGGAUCCCCCCAGGACUGGGCAGGCUGCACCUCGGGCCCCAGGCUGGUGGGGGAGGUAAGUCUGCCUGACAGGAACUACCUUCAUGGCAGGUUUAAAAGUUACCUAGGAAAACUGGGCCAGUCACUUCAUCCUAACCAGAAGACUGGAAUCUGUCAACAGAUCUCAAGAUCAUUGAAGAUCACAGCCUGCAAGCUCUAUCAGCUCCACCAACCACACUGAGUGUGAUCUCAGCAGUGAGGGCCCUCCGCAGACACUGAAGCAGAAGCCAUUGAAGAGACUGAAUCAGAGGAGUGACAUGUUGAAACUUUCAAAACCCCAUGAGAGCUGCUGGAUGGGUCACCAACUGAGCGACUGGAAGUGGGCAAGAGCAGAGCUGGGAGGUCUGUUUAGGAGGUUUGCUGGGAUGGGAAACCUGCUUAAAGUCCUUACCCGGGAAAUUGAAAACUACCCACAUUUUUUCCUGGAUUUUGAAAAUGCCCAGCCCACAGAAGGAGAGAGGGAAAUAUGGAACCAGAUCAGCGCUGUCCUCCAGGAUUCCGAGAGCAUCCUCGCAGACCUGCAGGCUUACAAGGGAGCAGGACCGGAGAUCCGAGACGCCAUUCAAAAUCCCAACGACAUUCAGCUUCAGGAAAAAGCUUGGAAUGCAGUGUGUCCUUUGGUCGUGAGGCUAAAGAGAUUUUAUGAGUUUUCCAUAAGGCUAGAAAAAGCCCUUCAGAGUUUAUUGGAAUCUCUGACCUGCCCGCCCUACACGCCAACCCAGCACCUGGAGCGGGAGCAGGCCCUGGCCAAGGAGUUUGCAGAAAUUCUGCAUUUUACCCUACGGUUCGAUGAGCUGAAGAUGAGGAAUCCGGCUAUUCAGAAUGACUUCAGCUACUACAGAAGGACCAUAAGUCGCAAUCGUAUCAACAACAUGCAUCUAGACAUUGAGAAUGAAGUCAAUAAUGAGAUGGCCAAUCGAAUGUCCCUCUUCUAUGCAGAAGCCACGCCGAUGCUGAAAACCCUCAGCAACGCCACCAUGCACUUUGUCUCCGAAAACAAAACCCUGCCAAUAGAGAACACCACAGACUGCCUCAGUACCAUGACGAGCGUUUGCAAAGUCAUGCUGGAAACUCCGGAGUACAGGAGCAGGUUCACCAGCGAAGAGACGCUGAUGUUCUGCAUGCGGGUGAUGGUGGGGGUCAUCAUCCUGUACGACCACGUCCACCCCGUGGGAGCUUUCUGCAAGACCUCCAAGAUCGAUAUGAAAGGCUGCAUCAAGGUUUUGAAGGAACAGGCCCCGGACAGUGUGGAGGGGCUACUGAACGCCCUCAGGUUCACUACAAAACACUUGAAUGAUGAAUCGACUUCCAAACAGAUUCGAGCAAUGCUGCAGUAAAGCUUUGCUCAGAGAAGAGGAUCUUUGUACUGACCUCAGAAGAUGUAUAUGUUUACAUAAUUUAAUACAGAUUGAUGUUAAUACUCGUGUAUUUACAUAACCGUUUCCUUCUUGUCACUGAAAUAUAUGGACCUUAAUCUGUAUCCUGACUGACUCAACCCAGCAGAGCAUAAAUUGACUGGCGAGCCUUACCUUUGAUGUCGAAAACAAAGUCCCCUUCUCCGAAGGCAAAAUUUGGAGACGCUGAUCUUUGCUACUGGAUUUCUUUACACCUGUAACAAUCAGAAAUCCCUAAUAGUUUGCGGUCGGGUUUUAAUUCUAGAUGUGUAACCUCACCGGGAGGUAUAGCUAUAGAAAGACAAAAUAUUUGAUUUCCUGUGUCAGCUCAGCUACAGGAAACACAGCUGUUAUCCUGACAGGGAGAGAGAAGGAUCCAAGGAAAGAAAAAUGCACGUGGAGACCCCAAUCCAUGAGUUUGGAAUUCAGCACGCCCCCUCUCUUUCCUCAGACCGCACAGCACACGUGCAACUUUUCUGUUUGCACGUAAGUUUACUUACCAGCAUCUUCUCUUUCUGCUUCGAUUUCUACCCUCUAGCGCUCCCUUUCAGCUUCUCAAGAGGAAAAUCAGCUGUGUUUGAAUCAGCGCGUGGGAAGGAAGCGAGACUAGAUGAUGUGCUGCUGUGGCUGGGCUGGCGACGGGGCUUGUCUUGGAAGUGGGGGACAGGUGGGGAGGAGGGGCACCGAGGCAUCAGGACAUCAUCUCUCUGCUUCACGCCUCUGUCUGCAGGGUCAGGGAGACGGAGCGCUGGCUCAGAUUGCGGGUGAGUUUGCUGACAUUCCAUGUGUCUGUGGAGCGCUGGGCACACAGCCACUCCUAACAGGAGCCCUGUCCUCUGCGGACCAUUCGUGUGUCAGCAGAGGUCUAGACACUUAUUUAGUUACCAGAAAACUGGAGGAAUUUACAGGAGAUAGUUUUGUUUUCUGGUUACCUGAUACUUAAAAGACAGCCCCUCCACGACCCAACUGCCAGCUUGUCUCAAUGUAUAAUCUCUGGUCUGACUGCCCGGGUUUAGUCCUAGCCCUACUGAUUCACAGAGUGAUCUUGGGAAAUUCACUUAUGCUCUCUGUGUCUCACUUGCCUCCUCUAUAAAAUGGGCAAAUAAAACAGAUAAUCUCCAAUAGCCCUACAAGGCUGUGAGCCAGUAAACAGACUGACUCUCACAUCCUUCCUUAGUAAGCAGAAUCCAGUAAGCGUCACCCCAACUUGUCCUGAUGGUUAACAAUGCGACAAGGGCCAUUCUGUCUGCAGAGCAGAGCUCAGAAUGGCAUCUUGGAGAUCUUCUAGUCUGAUCUCCAGUGGAGAAGUGAGACAGAGGAUGAAGUCAAACAGGAUCACCCACAUGUAGGACUAGAACCCAGGAUGCCUCAUUCCUGAUUCUGCCCUUUUUCUUUCACCACGUGGCCUAUGCAUACAUACUAUGGGAUGGUACUGGACACUUUUAAAUAAACCCUCAGCCUGGCCUAUCUGAUCACUUGCCUAUUUCUGAUGGAAGGAGUUGCCCAGGGGAAUGAUAAUUACAGAAGUUGGGGCUGCGUCCAUCAGGGUUUGGCAUCAUUCACAAGGUCCCAGAGAAUAAGCUGUCAACCUUUGCUUUCUGGACUUUAGUGGCCAGCUGGCAUUCCUUGGGGUCCUCCAAGAAAAAAAGAGACAUACUCUGGUUUAUUUUUAGCAAAGAAAUCCAGUCAAGUGGCAGAAAAGAUUCCCUGGUCUGUAUCUAAAUGUCAGUCAACAAGAAGAGGAAAGGCCCUUUUCCUUGGAGCUUUUCAAGCUGAACAAGGACAGCUGCUUGGAUGAGGGCUCUCUCAUCAGAACGGAAAUGUACUAGAUCGCUUUCAAGACCUUUUCAAACCCAGGGAUUCUAAAACCCUGGAGGAAGCCAGAGAGUAGGAUAACCCUGGGUAAACAAAUUCAUUAAAUAUUCAGCUCAAGAAACGUUCUUCUGUUUGGCAGCCACAUGUUAUCUUUGGGCAGCAACUGUCAAGACGAGAAAUAGAGAGGCAUUCACCAUGCGUCAUCACUGGGGCUUCUUUCCUCCUUUAUCAGGGAAGGAGAUUAAGUCUUGGAGAGAGGAGAGGACUUGCAGAGUGAACAGUUGAGCACAUUUAUGACUUUCAAUUAGACUUUCUAUCAAAUAGGACCAAACAUACGGGAGGGGCUGCCGGCCUGCCCCAAUUCAGUCAGGCCACCUUGUUUCAAAGCCAGGAUUCAUCAGCACCUGGAUUCUCAAAAGCCCAGGGCCUGAGCUGUUGCCUCUGAUGAGCAGGAGGACAGGUUAACUGAGUGUCUGUGAUCACUAGCAGGUGAUGGGCCUUGGGUCCACUCCAGAGCUGCGGUGGGAGACAAACCCUUUUAACAGACUGUCCUCCAGGCAAUGGACGUCCUUAGACAAUGACAUUUCUUUGUGCUGCAUGCACAUGUCCAAGGCCCGUGGGUGGUUUAGGGGAGAGCGCUAGCCACGGUAUCCAUGUAAUGUUAACUAUAUUUCAUAUUUGAUGUCUCAUAGUUUUCAAAUUAAAGUGUUUUCCAUUACUCAUAUUUAUUUUGGGGCAAGCGACAAGGUGAAAAUUCUAUUUCUCAGAUGCACUGCUAGUUUGACAUUAUAACUUUGUUCUCGGAAACCUUUUAUGUGCCACUAAGAAUUAGUUGAAAAAAAUGGCAAUGAAUGUUUUGAAUUACGGUGACCCAUUGGGGCUGGAGUAUUAAUUAAAAACCAGAAGGAAAGUCACCAGAUACUGUCCUUUAACUAUCAGUUCAGAUCAUGCUUCAUCAAUGUUUGCUACUAGUCAUCAACAUUGUAUCAAGAUGUUAAUGGUAACUGAGGUUUUUUUUAAUACAUCAUCACAUUUAAGUAACAGUAAUUUCAUGCUUCCUCAAAAGGCAAAUGAAGCCUGCUCAAUCUUGGGAUCUAAUUGUGCCGUAGAAGUCGGAGGCUGCUCAUUCAAUCUUGUAUUCUAGACUGCUACAGAUUUUUCUAGAUGUUGAUAACGAAGCUUGGAAUUUCAUCUUAAAGAAACAAAGACUUUGGAACCCAGUUUCCCCACUACAUCUAUAAAGGCUGUUGCAUACACGAAGCUGUUUUAAAGUUGUCAGAUGUUGUUUGCUGAAGUCACUGUAAUUUUUUUGCCUGCUUUGCCUCUUUUUGUACAGAAGUUUUGAGUGUGAAAUGAAAAUUAAAGUUUGGUACAUAUAUUUAAAAA